GUCUGUUGAUAGCAAUCUAGACUCUUCCUGUUCCUCAGUAGGGACUGUUUUGACCGCCUGCUUCUUUCUCUCUAGAUUGGAUAAGGAGGUGGUGUUAUUAGAGCUGAAGGAAGACCAGCUCUUGGCAGAAGAAGUACAGCCAAACAGCCUGCCAAAUUGAAGCCUCCUUACAUUUUGCAUGCAAUGGGUGGUGAUCCACAGGAUUCCUGUUGUGCCUAGAGGAGGCUGAUCACUUGCAACAGUGACUGCAACCCCAGGUGAUGCCAUGGAGCUCUCCACCCCCACCCCAACUUCCUGGCACCUUUCCUAGCAACUGGCCUGUUACUGCAUUGCUAAGAAGAGGGAAAGGUUUUACCACCAAAGGUCGGAAGUGCACAGUCUCUGCCGCUGCCUUGCUCUCUCCUCAGUGGCUACACUCCAGAGCACUCUCUGAUGAGAUGGCUGUCAGGGAAGAAUUCAAGCUAUAGACAGAACAGCUGCCUCUAGAGAUUUCCAAGAAGUUAUUUCAGAAGCCCAGAGGAUGGAGAAUUCUUCAUCAGAUGCACAAAUGGACAACAAAUUGAAGGAGUUUCCUAUAUCCUUAUUCUCCCAGUCCCUAUCAGCUUUCAUCAUUCUGGCCAAUAUUUUCAUUAUAAUUGGGAUCCUCUUCAACCACAAGCUCCAUGGUACCAUCAACUGGUUCUUCCUGAGCCUGCUCAUUGCUGACCUCUUGGCUGGGGGAGCCCUUCCCUAUGUUCCUGAGAUGUCAUUUGAUAAUGAUCUGGGCUACUACCAUUGCUUCUUCCGUUAUGUGACGCCCAAUUUCCUUUUCCUCUCUUUUUUAGCCAAUCUGCUGGUGAUGCACUAUGCCAAAUAUACAUGUGUCAUCCAACCACUGCAUUACCACCAGUCCUGGGUUCAUCGCUGGUCUGGUCUUUACAUAUGCUUAGCAUGGGUGGCUCCCUUGAUUUUUGCCUCCAUGCCAUUGGCUUGGUAUCAACGGGACUCCAAUAUGAACUGCUCUGCUAAACUUGUCUUCCCCUGGCCUUACCUCUGUGUAGAAACCUAUGUGUUCAUCAUCCCAAUCAUCUUUGCAAUAGCUGUAAUGGGUAUCCGAAUGCUCUGCAUCGCCCGAAAGCAGCUUAAAAACAUUAAAAAGCUGAUUAAUUCAGUGAAUCAAAGCCAGACCCCAUCAGAAUUGGAGCAACAACUGGAACUGAGGCAUGCAAAGAGCAUCGCCAGUGUAUCUGCCAUCUUCCUGGUCUGCUGGGUGCCAUAUAUUGUUUGUUUGCAUAUGUCACUGUUUUUAGAAAUAAAGGGUAGCAUCACCCUUGCUAUUGUCAUCUGUAUAGGCACUGCCAGUGCUGCUGCAGUACCCAUCAUCCUCAGUCUUGGCAACCAUCAAUAUACCCAAUUUUGGAGUGACAUGACCAUGAAAGCCUAUCGGGCCUGCUGCCGAAGAUAGGAGUGCAAAGCCAACCAGCUGUGUGGCAAUCUUUGCAGCACAAAGGCACAUACAAAAUCCAAGGUGAUACUUUCCAGUGGGGAGUCAUCAAAUCCCCUCCCGCCCAUUCGGCAGCACAAAUGUGUCAAUCGUCUCCCUUCAGCUUGGAAUGGAAUUGGAAUGUUUGCUUCCAGUCAUGCCCCCCCACCCCCCAUCCAGCUCAGAAUUCUGCUGUUGGUUGGGGAUCUAAUAUGCCAUGCCAUUCAAAAGUUCAGCUAAAUCUAAACUGGGUGAAGAAAGAAAAAGGAUGUUCCCCUUUCUCUUCUCUGGCAGUGCUGGAACUGAGAGCACAAAGGAGGUUGGGCUGCCUUGAAAUCACACGUUUACUUUGAUUUGCCAGCACUUCAUGAGAAGUUGAAAAAGAACCAGCAGAGUUCUGAAUAGAUCCUCCCACACAGCUCUACUGCUGUUUCCCCCCACCCCAUCCUUAUUUCUUAAUUCCUGCCUUCUAGGUCUGCUGCCUAUACUGACUCCCCUUUUGCCAUUCUCCCCAUAUGGAAGGAAGUUCCUGGUUCUCCAUUGUAACAAUCUCAGAACAGAAGACAGCAAAUGAACUUCAGUAGCCUUAGCUACAGCUGUUCUACAAUCCUUGCUCCUUAAAUUCCUUGCAUUGCAUGUGAAGGAUAGUGAGGUGACAAGCCAUUGGGACAUUUGAAUAUACAGUAGACUGGGUUCACAAUGAACCAUGGGUUCUUUAAUAUGGUUCACUGAAUAUGUCAAAACAUAUUCUGCUCAACUUGCAUAAGCAGACUAAGCCAAAACCAAAUAUUGACUGUAUUCUGAAAUCAAAUCUGUACAAUGUAAGAACAAUUAUCUCUGUUGUAGAGAUUUAGAUUCAUGCAGCAUGAAGGCAUGAUAGAUAGAUAGAUAGAUA